AUGGCAACCCUAGUCACUCGUGUCAUCACCCUAGCCAUCCUCGCAGCAUCUGUUGUCGUCAUGGCAACAACAGCUAGAACUGAAUAUGACCUAAUCUAUUUGCUUGAUGAAGACUUCGGCCAGAUACAUGACAUGAGCUUCCAAGAUCUUUACACGUAUAGGUAUGUCCUGUCCGUAGCUGCCAUUGGGUGUGCCUACACUCUGGUGUUAAUUUCUGUGGCAGCAAUUGCUGUCGUCCAAGGGCAGCGAAUUGGAGGCACCGGUUUUGCAUGGUUCCUCAUCUUCAUGGAUGUUGUACUUUGCGCACUGUUAACCUCGGGAGGUGCCGCUGGACUCGGUCUUGUAGUUGACAAUCAGCGAAUUAAUGGAAAAUCUUUUGACUCUGGUCAUAGAAAAUUCUACACCUCCUUCGACGCCUCAUGUGGUUUGCUCCUAGCAGCCGCCGUCUGCACUGUGGUCAUGAUCAUGAUUUCAGUUUCUUCAAAGUAG